AUGGACGAUACAAUUCAAAGGUAUAAGGAAAAGCUAAAUGAGCUGGAGAAAAUUGGAAGUGAAAUAAAAGAUAUGCUUUCCCUGGACUAUGAUUUGGAUUGCUUAAGCCAUUCCCCAUCCGUAUGCUAUAUCGCUACAUCGCUGGAGGAGGGGAAGGCCGAAGAAUUAGAAGAGAAUAAGUAUUCUAUAGAAGUUCAAAUGAUAAUAACCAUUGGGAAGUCUUUGGAUUCAACCUUAAAAAAAGAUCUCAUCUCAAAGAUUGAAAAGAUUAAAGCGAUCAAUAUUGGGAUAGAAGAAUACAGGGAUGCAAUUGCGUCCCGAUUCAAAUAUCUCCAUAAUCUACUAGGGAAUGAUCUUCUAUUCAAGUUAACCAUAGAGGUGAAGAGUCUUCUCCCUUUGGCAAGAGCUAUUCCAUCGGAGAUAAUGAAGUAUGGCAUUGAGACAUACGGAUUUCCACUAUUGUCUCAACACCAGCUGAUCAUGAAGGCCUCUCCACAGAACCAGGAAAAGCUUCUUAGGAAGCUUUGCUGUAAAGUCACGAUGGCCGCCAAACUGGAUUUCUGCGAAAGCAGCUUUGAAAUAGAUUUUUAUAGCCAGAUGGAAAAGAUUUUUAACAGUCUUGAAAGCAAAGAAAAAGAAGAAAAAUCUAUUCUGAAAGUUCCACUUGCCAGAAAAGAAACCAGACGGGGAGGAAUAAAUGCAAGGCGAAAGAGACAAGGUUCUUCACCCCAUAAAAGAAGGAGACUUCUGAAGCUGGAGCCUGACGAAGCCGAUGGAUAA